AUGAGUAAGACCUCAACUUUAAAAAAAUGUUUGGUGUCUUUUCAAAAUGCCAAAUUUAAAAAGGAUACUUUACUGAAAACUCCUUACAUUUACCCCAAUCCAAUAUCAAAUAUAAACAUUUAUCCAGCUAAUGUCCAAAAUGGCUCGUCAAUGUGGGCCGUUACUGGUAACUCUAAAACCACAAUGUUAAAAAUUAUAGCUGGUGAAUAUAUUCUGUACCCACCAUUAUCAAGGCAAUAUCCAUUAAUUAACGAUCGACCAACACAAUUACAGUUUCUCAAUUUUAGAGAUGGAUCUGGGUUGGAUAAAGUGCAUAUGUCGGCGAGAUACGAAACGUAUUCGUAUAAAGGUGUAUUGGAAAUGCUGGAUGAUGUGAACUCAGUGUAUAAUUAUGUCACAGGGUUGAACAAUUAUAACACUCAGCACACAUCAAUAUCCCAGGAAUUUGUCAAUGAAUUGUUGGAUUAUUUCAAGUUACAACACUUGAAACACAAAUGGAUUAACAGUUUGAGUAAUGGACAAUUAAGACGUGCAAGAAUUGCCAAAUCGUUGAUUAAUAAACCCAAGUUGUUAAUCAUUGAUGAUCCGUUUUUAGGCUUAGAUCCCAUUAACACUCAAGGAGUUAGUGAAGCAUUGAAGACAGUGAGUGAAGAAUUGGAUACAAGUAUUGUUUUAGGAUUACGAGUACAGGACGAUAUACCUGAUUGGAUCAAUAGUUUAUGUUAUGUUGAUGAAUCAGGGGUUAAAUUAUCUGGGAAUAAACUGGAAAUUUUAAAUGAGUAUAACGAAUUAGUGAGUCAAAUUACGACAACCCAUAAAUCACACGUUAGUCGUCACAAUAAACAACAACAACAACAACAAUCAAAACCAAUUGAAAUUUCAAAAAAUAAUCAUUUCACAGAGAAUGACAUCCAUAUUGAGUUUCAAAAUGCUUCAGUUGCCUAUAAACAAUUAGUUAUAUUUGAUGAUUUUAAUUGGAAAAUACCAAGGGGGAGUAAAUGGAGAAUUUUAGGAGACAAUGGUACUGGAAAAACAACAUUAUUAUCUAUUAUUACUGCUGAUCAUCCUCAAUCAUGGAAAUCGGUGAUUAAAGUGAAUGGUAUAUUAAGGAAAACUGGAUCAGGAGUUACAUUUUUCGAUAUCAAUAACAAAAUAGGUAUUUCAUCCCCUGAAUUGCAUGCAUUGGUUCCUCAACACAAUAAAACUAUGAAAGAUAUUAUUUAUAAUGGAUUAGUUAAAAAUGUGGGUAAUUCCAAUUUUUAUUUCAAAGGUGAUCCUAAUAAUAUCACUGCAAGAGGACAAAAGUAUCUACAAUAUUUUGCGGACAGAAUUGAUAAAUACGGAGAUACCAUAUUUAACGAAUUGAGUUUAACGGAUCAGAAAUUAGCAUUGUUUUUAAGAGCAAUUAUUAAAGAACCAGAAUUGUUGAUUUUGGAUGAAGCAUUUUCUUGUAUGGACGAUGAAAAUGUAAUGAUCAAAUGUCAUGAAUUGAUAGAAAAAGAAUUAAACGAUACUACAGUGAUAUCUAUUGGUCAUUUAGAAUGGGAAUUGUGCAAAUACGAUUAUAUGAUCCAAUUGAUUAACGAUAAUAAUGGUAGAGAUUACAAAACAUUCAAAAUCAAUUGGGAGAUGGCUUAG